AUGGAAUUUGAUGACAUGAAGCUAUCUAAUCUACAUCCGAUGUCCACCGUUUUCCUAUCCCUUCUGUUGCCCUUUAUCUUGUUUCUCAUAAACAAUCAGCGUAAGAAAUGGACGACAUCACAUGAGAAUCGAGCAAAGGUACCACCUGGCUCUAUGGGCAUACCAGUGGUGGGGCAAAGCCUGACUCUCCUAUGGACGAUGAAAUCAAACACAGCCGACAAAUGGGUUUCCGAUAGAGUAAAAAAGUAUGGUCCCGUGUCCAAGCUAAGCCUGUUUGGAAAGCCGACUGUCCUUAUCCACGGCCAGGCCGCAAACAAGUUCGUAUUUGGCGGCAACAGUGAUCAGUUAGGGAACAGCCAGACAGAAUCGUUGAAAACACUAAUGGGGGAACAAAACAUUCUAGAACUGAGUGGGGAAGAUCAUAAACGGGUGAGGGGCGCACUUGUAUCGUUCUUGAAACCUGAGUGUUUGAAGGAGUAUGUUGGAAAGAUGGAUCAAGAACUCCAAACCCACCUUCAAUCCCAUUGGAGCCCCGCCGCGAAUACACAGAAAAGCAUCACGGUAAGUAAUUCUCCUCUCUGUUUAAUUCAUUCAUUCAUUCAUUCAUGA